AUGAACUCUUCUUCUGAUGCGAACCAAAGUGGUUCUCCCCCGUUCUGCCUGCUGGGCUCCGUGGGUUACUCCCGCAGCCUGGAUACCUGCGUGCUGGAGGUGGUCAUCAUCCUUUUCCUAACUGUGCUCAUCAUUGCUGGCAACCUGGUGGUGAUCUUCGUCUUCCACUGCGCCCCAUUGCUGCACCACCACACCACCAGCCACUUCAUCCAGACCAUGGCGUACGCCGACCUGCUGGUGGGGGUCAGCUGCCUGGUGCCCUCGCUGUCCCUCCUCCACUACCUUCGAGGCCUGAAUGAGGAGCUCACCUGCAAGGCCUUUGGCUACAUGGUUUCUGUGCUGAAGAGCGUCUCCAUGGCCUCGCUUGCGUGCAUCAGCGUGGACCGCUACAUCGCCAUCACCCGUCCACUGUCCUACGCAACGCUGGUGACGCCAUGCCGACUGAGAGUGUGCAUCGUCCUGAUCUGGGUUUACUCUGCUUUGAUCUUCUUGCCAUCCUUCUUUGGCUGGGGGAAGCCAGGAUACCAUGGGGACAUAUUUCAGUGGUGCGCAGACUCUUGGAAGACCAACCCAGGGUUCAGCACCUUCAUCGCGGCGCUGCUCUACGCACCAGCAGCGCUCACCGUCUGCUUCACCUACGGGAGUAUAUUCCGGAUCUGCAGGCAGCACACAAGAGAGAUCACUCAACGGCAUGCCCGCUUCAGCUCGCAGGCGGAGGGCGAUAAAGGCGAGCGGGGGGAGCGGUGUGAAGGGUGCCCGGACAAACGCUACGCCAUGGUGCUGUUCCGCAUCACCAGCGUCUUCUACGUGCUGUGGAUGCCGUACAUCCUUUACUUCCUCUUGGAGAGUGCUGGACUGUAUCACCAUAAGGUGGCAUCCUUCCUUACAACAUGGUUGGCAAUAAGCAACAGCUUCUGUAACUGUCUCAUCUACAGCCUCUCAAACAGCGUCUUCCGGAAAGGUCUGGGCCGCCUCUUUAGCCCGUUGUUCCCCUCCUGUCUCGGCUGCAUGGAGGCCAAAAAGGCGCCAGUUCCUAUUGGCCCCCGGGCAAACACCCGAUGCCAAGUGUGA